AUGCCCUUGGACGAGUACACGCUCUGCCAGCUUCUUGGGGAAUCGGCCAACAGCACAAUGCACGAGCACUAUGAUACAUUCAUUACCGAGACAGAUAUCGAGGAUAUCAAGAACUACGGGUUGAAUCUCGUACGAAUUCCCGUGGGAUACUGGGCAUUUAGAAAGUUUGAGGGAGACCCUUUUGUCAGUGGCCUGGAAGCGUACUUGGAUCGGGCUAUAGAAUGGUGUGAAAAACACGGCUUGAAAGUACAAAUAGAUUUACACGCGAUGCCUGGAUCACAGAACGGAUUUGAUAACAGUGGGCAGAGGACCACCAAUCCAAUUUGGCUUGAGACCCCUGAAACAGUCGAACUCAGUACCCAGGUGUUGGAUUAUGUGAUGCAAAAAUAUGGCCAGCAGUUUCGCGGUGGUCAACAGCAUCGAAAUCCCCAACGAGCCGUUUGCAUACACCAUCGCUUCCACGACGUCUACAACUCAGCCGUGGCCCACAACGUGACGGCACAGUUGUAUUUUAGUGAUGGGUUUCUUCCCAUCUCAGAAUGGAACGACUUUAUGGUAAACACCACCGGGUACCAGCCGAUCAUGGACCACCAUAUCUAUGAGAUCUUCACAGAAGACCAGAUAAAACUCUCGAUCGACCAGCAUGUUGCCAACAUCGUGAAUAUCGGCGAGCAGAUGUUGGCAGAGCCUCACAACAGCGUGGUGGGCGAGUUCAGCGGAGCCUUGACCGACUGCACCAAGUACCUAAACGGAGUGGGCAUGGGAGCUCGGUACGACGGCACCAUUGGCGGUACCGAUGCUGUUGGGAGCUGUGAGGGCCAUGAGAAUUAUGAAUUGUGGCCGCAAGAAGCCAGGGAAAACACCAAGCGGUAUCUUGAAGUGCAGAUGGAAACGUACGCUCUGAACAGCAGUGGAUGGAUCUUCUGGUGCUACAAAACGGAGUCGGCAAUUGAGUGGGACUUCCGACGGGCGUCAAGCGUGGGUCUUAUAGGUAAUGUGAGUUUGCAGCCAAAAGUAGAGUUUGGUAAUAUAGACCUGGGAAUCUGGAUUACAGUUUCCAACGGCGGAACCAAGUCUAUUGAUAGUUUUACACCAGCAAUGCGACUAGAUGCACGGCUAUGAAGCACAGGAGAAUAAAUUUUCGCAGCCGAA